CUCCAGGCGUCCAGGAAUUUUUUUUUUUUUUUUUUUUUUUUCUUUGCGCCGGUGUUCCCUCGUGCGGCGUGAACCUUAGGGCAUAACGUUAUGAAGAAAUGGGGGGUUUGGUGAUUCGCGGGAUCAGGAAUUUCAACGUAGAAAACCGAGCGGAACGGGAAAUCAGCAAGAUGAAGCCCUCUCCCGCUCCCAAGCACCCCUCUACCAACAGCCUCCUACAAAAGCAGAUGGGUGUCAAUCCAGAAAUUGAGGGAGAGAUUGCCCGUAAAGAUGACAAACUACUGUCGUUUCUAAAAGAUGUGUAUGUUGAUUCCAAAGAUCCUGUGUCUUCCGUGCAGGUAAAAGCUGCUGAAACACCUCAAGAGCCAGAGGAAUUCAGAUUGCCAAAAGGCCAACACUUUGAUAUGAUAAAUAUUAAGAGCGUUCCAAAAGGCAAGAUUUCUAUUGUGGAAGCAUUGACACUUCUCAAUAAUCAUAAACUUUAUCCAGAAACAUGGACUGCUGAGAAAAUAGCGCAAGAGUACCUUUUAGAACAGAAAGAUGUGAAUUCCCUUCUUAAAUAUUUUGUUACUUUUGAAGUCAAAGUCUUCCCUCCUGAAGACAAGAAAGCAAUACAACCAAAAUGAAGAAAAGCACUAAAAUGUCCUAUGUGUACUCCUCAUCUUUCAUCCUGUAUAUUUUCUCAUUUUUAGCAUAUUAAAUUAUGUUAAUUACCAAGUGUUUAAUGCUCUUAUUGUGAGAACAUACUCUUAAUGUUUAUUGAGCUCCCUGACUUUUCAAGAUUGCCAUAGCAUGUAUUUUGUUUUUUUUAAAUUUUGUUUAGGCAUAUUUCAUAUGUAAAUGUCAGCAUGACUAUCAGCACAUCUGUACCUUUAUUUUAAGUAAAAUAAUUAAUUUGUUGUUUUAGGCACAUCAUGCCAACUUUUAGAUUGGUCAUACGACCCCUUGGGAAAUGUUCUGAAUCCCUCAUUUAAGUUUUACUUUCCAUGUUAAGUGUUUCGUUCAUUCUUCACAUGUGAUAGUGAAAAUAAAAGCUUUCCUGACUCAAAA